AUGUCGUCUCUCUACGCUUGGACCAAGGCCGCCUGCCUGCUUCUUCUUGCUUCCGAGGCCUUCGCGAGCCCCAUCGAGAAAAUCGAGCAGCUUGAGAAGCGUGCCGCUUGUACAGCAUACACUCUCAUUGAGACUCGUGGUACCAACGAGCCUCAGGGGCCCUCCAACAGCUUCAAAACUAUGAAUGCGGCCAUCAUCGCUCAGGUCAUGGGCGGUACCGAGUACGAUACUGUCUAUCCCGCCAGCAUCGACCAAAUCUCAAUCGUUGGUACUACUGAUAUCAUCAACCAAGUCAACACCGGCUUGAAGACCGACCCCAACAGAUGCUAUAUCCUCGAAGGAUAUUCUCAGGGUGCUGCCGCCACUGUUGACGCUAUGCCUAAGCUCACUGGUACCGCAUUCGAUGCGAUCAAGGGUGUCUUCCUCAUCGGAGACCCCAAACGCAAGGCUGGCCUGGCCUGCAACGUCGACUCCAACGGCGGCUCGACCACCAAGAACGUGAGCGGGCUCGAGGCCUUGUUCGGUAGCAUUCCUGCCAAUUGGGUCAGCAAGACUCUGGACGUCUGCGCUUAUGGUGACGGUGUCUGUGAUACGACUCACGGCCUCGGUAUCACCGCGGCUCACUUGUCUUACAAGUCUGAUGCAAACGUACAGAACCAGGGCAUCAAGUUUGUGACUGGAAAACUGCAAGGCACCAGCUAG